AUGCGAUGGGGAGAGGACUUGCAGCUGGCCAACAACGGCAACGAACAAUUGGCUGCCCUAACACACUCCUCCUGGCGUUCCCGUUCUCAGCAGAUUGAACUUGGUGAUAUAGCCAGAAACCGCGCAGCCCUAAACCGCAUGUCCUUCCUCCUAUGCCAGAAGACAGCAAUGCCCUUGAGCUGGGUGACGGUGCUGACCUGGCUGGUUUCCCUGAGGACUUUCUCCGUCGCACAAGAUUCAGCCCUGGAAGAAGCCUGGAGAGGCUGGAAGAGGACCUACGGCAAAGAGGAAGAGCCCUCCCGGAGAGCCACAAGGGAGAGGAAUCUGCAGUUGAUCGAGCAGCACAACCGUGAGGCUGAUGAGGAGGAUCAGGCCUACUGGAGGGCCACGAACCACUUCAGUGAUUUGACCAGCGAGGAACUUAACCGCACGACCGACAGCUCGCAUCCCGAUUCAGCUGAUCCACACCACGCGUCUCAAGGCUUUUCCCAAGCACCAGCCGUCCAGCAGAUGCCCAAGCACAAGAAACAGCGCCACGCACGCUACGGCCCUUCAAGGAAAGACCAGCUGGCUCUCACCUACACAAGAAAACUGGGCAAGCAGCAUUCUGGAAAAUUUGCAAAGCCUUGUCUAAUAUCCAGCAACGGAACCAAGAAGCUGUUAGGAAGAAGGUGUUCGUGUACAAGCCGUUAUCGUCGUCGUUGCCAGAGAUGCUGCAAGCUUGGUUUGUAGAGUCAGGCAAGGCUGUGACUCAGGAUCGCUCAUUUAUUAGUAGCAGGAUCUAAAAGAAUCUAGCAGAUUUCUCCUGCCUGCCGGGCUGAUUCUCCCGCUUUUGCUCUGGUGCUUAAAUUUCCUUGUAGGCUCUUCUCCCCUCCCGCCCCCACGACAUCUAGGUUGGGUCUGCUGCUUAACCUCUUUUUAUAUAUUAACC